AUGUCUCUUAUACGUGGCCGCCUUCCCUCUCUGGAAUCGCUCCAUGUCCGCUGCAUUGGAGAACAGCUGGAUGAACUCGAUUGCUUCGAAUUCGCACCACGAUUACGAACAUUGACAUUAUCGGGCGAGGUCCGAGGUUUGACAUUGGGCCGUUUUCCUCUAAAAUUACCCAGGGACCAAAUCAAACAUUUUCGUUCGUACAACAACGCUGAAUCAUCCACUUAUUUCUCAUCCUGUCACAAUUUGCUUACUGGUUUCCCUCAACUGCAAACGUGUCGACUGUCAUUCCACUCGCAAUACAUUGCUACUUUCCUUCGCCUCCGACACCACCCCAUUGGAAACAACCUGCACCUGUCUCUCCCCCGCUUGACGGAACUAGAGUUGGAACAUACCGAGAGAGCAUCUGGGAUCGAGGCGAUGCUUUUCUGGAUCAAAGCGCCCGCGACACUGAGGAUCCUCAGCAUCUACUCAACUGGACGAAACCGAACGCCUUUCGUGGAAUUUUUCACGUACCCCGAAUCGCUUACUUCGCUCACAAUUCACCGAGUCGAAAUGCCCCCUUCCGAAUUUCGCGCCGUCCUAGCCCUCCUGACGGGCCUGUAUCACCUUAAAUUUGGCGUUCGCACUGGACUUACCAACGAUUACCUCGAGUUGUUACGCGCGACCGUGUCUGACGGGUUCGAUUUUUCAAUUGUCCCAAAACUCCGGAGCCUAGCCUUACUUCCUGUUCCAAGCUUCAGUUCACUCUACGAUAACGAUUUGCUUGCAAACCUGCUAGAGGACAGAUGGAGAGGUAACUGUGCAACCGACUCCAUCUCGGUGUAUACAUCCAAUGACUGCCCUCCUUCACAUCGUCUGCUGUCCGUGGAACUGGACCGUAGAAUCGUCAACGACUCGCCAGUGCGAAAUAGGUUGGAUCGCCUUCGUGGUGAAGGUAUGCGGAUCAUAGAGGAAAUGACCUGCCAAGACAUUGUCAUUGCUGCUUGA